UUGGGGACUAUUUAGGGGGAAAAUCUAAAAAGAAACUAUUUAAGAGAUUUGGACAAUAUAUAUCUUACUUUUUAUUAAUUUUAGUUUUAUAAACUUUGAAUCUAUCUUUCUAACUAAAAUCUGCACAAUUUAUGGUUGCUUGAUUUUUGAGAUAAAAUCUAAAAUAGUUUAUGUGCUAUUUUGAUUUUUCUUAUGUAAUUGCUGAUUUAUUUUAUUAUAUUGUGAUUUUGGAGAAGAUAAUACAAUAGAAAAGCUUUAGUUCAAAAUUUUAUAUAGUUAGUUUCUAAAUACAUAUAGAAUACUUGCAAAAUAGUUUAUAAAGAAGACCAUAUAACAGAUGUAUAAAGUCUAUACAUAAAACCAAAAUAUGUUUAGGUAAUCUUAUAAUAUUUUAUAUAAAAACAUUUCUUAUAAAACCUUAUAAACAUAUAUAUAAUGGUUUAUCAUAUCUUAUAAAUGAGUUUAUAAAGUCUUAGAAAAUUGUGUGAAAGUGUUAUACAAUCUUAAUGCAAAUUUUAAAGUCUUAUAAAGCAUUGUAAAACUUUAAAAACAGAUUUAUAAAAUUUUAUAUGUGUGAUUAUAAAUCUUAUAUACAACCAUAUAUAUAUCUAUAUAUAUUAUAAAACUUUAAGAUAAGAAGUAGACUGACUGAAUUGAGAUUCAAAGGAUAAAUAAUUUAAAGGGUUUACAAUAUUUUUUUUGUAGAACGGGGUUUACAAUAUUGUAUUACACAUAAUUUACUAAUCUAUACUUUAUGAAAAUGUUAUAUUAUAGGACAUACAAAUCAUUUAUAAUAAGUUAUAAAUCUAGUUAAGUUGAUCUCAAAUUAUCUUAUAAGAAAUUAAGUCGAUUAUAAACUUUCUAAAUCCAUACAAGAGGUUAUAAAUCUUAUGAAACCUUAUAGAUGUAUUACAUAAAAGCGAAAACAUAUUGAUGUACUACAAUAGCUAUGAAUCAUGAUACUGAAAGCAAUAGAAGAAGGUCACAUAGUGUUGUCUUCUUUAACAAUCAGAUGAAGGAACCAACUACUUUAAAAAGCUCUUGUUCUUCUGAGGACACAUGAGUUGUUAUGCCUUCAGAAUUGGUCUGGACCAUAGCUCAUAAAAAGGAAGGAAGGAAGCUUGGUGAGGUCCUGAUCAAUAUUAGAUUGAACAACCAUAUGCGUUGAAGACCACGUUUACAACAGAGGUAAGAACGUUCUCACAAGAAAUUAGACUUAAACUUGAGAGGACAUAAUCUACCUAACUAGACUAAAACGUUUUCCGACCAUGCACGUGGGUUAUGUUCCUACGUUAAAUAGCAAACAUCUUAUCGCCUAUAAUCUUAAACAGAAAUUCAGCAUAGUUCUUAUGGCGUGUAUCCCAUUCUAUAUGUUGAUACCUUUCACUUAUCUCGCUCAAAUCAUCAAGUAUAGUUUAGUUUUUCCAAAGUAUACGAUGUUAAUUAAGUUUUGGUGAGAUAACGUGGCAGAGAUUCAGGAAAAUUCCCUCAACUUUCAUAUAGUAGAUUGGUUUCUAUUAGUGAUACAAAAAAUAUAUUGUAUAAUGGAAUACAGUUGGUUAAUAUGUUAUUCUAUAUAUAGUAUUGAUGAAUAUUAUUGCAUAAUAAUUUAAUUUUUGAGUUUAAAUGUUUUUGUAUGAAUACCAGUUUUUUGUCAAUUGAUACAUUUAAAAGUACUCUAAUUUUAUUGAUAUUUCUUACAUCCUCAUAUAUGUCAGUUUAUUUAGAAAGAAAUUUUUAUCAUUUAACAAAUACGGAAAUAUCACAUAUAAUGAGGUGGCGGAUUUUAGUACAUUGUACCAAGUGAAAUGAAAAUACUAUAGUCAAAUAAAUAUACAUUUCAUACCUUAUACUAUGGAAUAUAAAGAUAUUGCAAUAUCUCAAAUUGGUAAGAAUAAUAUUUAGCCAUAGAAUAUAAUAUUUUAGAUUUGAUAUUAUAACUCUUAGAUAACUCUUAAUAUUAAUUGCUGGUAUGUAAUAUUUUGCUAUAAAUAAAUGAAAGUUGUCACAAGGUAAACAUCGAUUCAUUUUUUUCUUUUCCAAAUACCAAAACACAUGGCGAAAAAAAGUAAAGGUCGUCAGAGGAUCACAAUGGCCAAGAUGGAAAAUGAGAGUAACCUUCAAGUUACUUUUUCGAAAAGAAGAUCCGGUCUUUUCAAAAAAGCUAGUGAGCUUAAUACACUUUGUGGUGCAGAUAUCGCCGUUGUUGUGUUCUCGCCUGGUGGAAAAGUCUAUUCUUUUGGUCAUCCAAAUGUCGAGAACGUGCUUAAUCGGUUCAAAAAUAUCAACCAGCCACCUCUUAACCAAAACAACAACAUGCGAUUUAAUGAAGCGCGUCCGAAUGAUGCUAUUCGGGUUAUGAAUGACUUUCUUACUCAGGUGAUGAAUGAUUUGGAAUUAGCAAAAAAGAAAAAUGAAGAAUUAAAAAAAAUAAGAAAAAACUCGAAAAUGCCUGUGAAUUGGUGGGAAGAUCCCGUUGAAGAACUUGACUUAGCUCAUGCCAAAGAGUUUAAAGGUUUACUGGAAAAAUUGAAAAGUUAUGUUACAGAUGAGGCCUCCAAACAUUUCCAAGCAAUCUUUCCUCAGCCAAACUUCUAUGGCGGAAGUUCCAGUGGUGCUCCUUUUAGGGAUGGUGGUUAUAUCAACCCUAAUUUGGACCCGAGUGAAAGAAGAAUGUUCAACGUGAAUGCAUACUACAACCAGAACAUGUAUCCUCCUAAUUAUCCAUUACCGUAUGGAAACAAUAAUUAUGCAGGAGGAUUUGUUCCAGAAUACAGUUUAAACUACAUGCAUGGGUUUAAUCAGUACCGGAACCAAAACCAAAAUCUGAAUUUUAAAGAAGAAGGCAUCUCCGAGAAUGAAUGCCAUCAAGAUGGCCUUCCUCCUCAUCUUUGAUCUGUUUGUGACUGAUCAUUUCUAUAUGAUCCACUGGAGUGUCGAGACAAAAAAAAAAAUGUUUUAUCCUCAUUUCUUCUUAGUAUGUUGUGUUUUUCUCCUUUCUUAAUAUGUUGUAUUUUUCUCAGAUUUGGUGUCUUUUAUUUUCAAUAAAAACAGAUUUAUUUU